AAAAUGCAGGGAUGGGUGUCCUCAGGGGAGCUAACAGUUUCUGAGCUGCUCCGGACACAAAGGACUGGGAAGUUGGGCCUUUUCUGCAUCUCCAAGUCCUGCCCGCGGGCAAGCGGUGUGAGGAGAAAGAACUCUGUUGCUGGAUUUCAGGGCAUUUUCUCCUGAUGCAGCUGUGAUUUCCCCCCAGAUCCCUCGUGAGGACGAAUUCUAGAGGUGGAGGCGAAGGCAGAAAUGGCCGGUUCUCAGGGACUGCUGACCUUCAGGGAUGUGGCCAUAGAAUUCUCGGAGGAUGAGUGGGAAUGCCUGACCCACACUCAGCGGCAACUGUACCGGGAUGUGAUGUUGGAGAGCUAUGGACACCUCCUCUUCUUGGCAGGUCUUCAGUCAAAACCAGACCUGAUCAUGUUUUUGGAGCAAGAGAAGCAGCUCUGGGAUGUGAAGAGAAAGGAGACCAGAGGCUUCCAUUCAGCUGUAUCUUCACAUGACACCCAGAGUUUCCCGCUAAAGCAGAGCAUAGAAGGUUUUUUCCAGAAUGAAUCAAUGACCAGAUACAAACACAGUGCUGUUGAGAUUUUAUACUUACGCAGAGACUGGGACAGUGAUGGGGAGAGUGAAGGGCAUCAAAAAAAUCCUGGACGAUACACCCAAACCAAGGCAAUUGCCCUUAAUGAGAAUCUCACUGCCCCAAGUGGUGAAGUAUAUAAACCGCUGCAGAAAACCUCCCUUUUUAAGUCAACUGUUUCUGCAGAGCAGUGUGUUUCUGUCAGCACAAGCUCCAGUCAGAUAUUCAAACAUAGCUAUUCGUGGACAGACCAUUUGGCAGAUUUGGAAGGUAACCUACUCCAUGCUGAAGAUAACGAUUUGAGCCAUUUAGAAAAUAGGACUGGCCUGACCUUAAAUCAGAGAUUUAGAAAUGAAGAACAAUGUGCUCAGUGGGAUCCAUAUGAGAGGCGCUCCACUGAGGAGUCAACCCUCCAGAAUGACCAGAGGCUUUUCACUGGAGACAGAAUUAUUCAAUGCACUGAAUCUCAGAAAACAUUGAACCAGGGCUCCAGUGUUCACCGAUGUGUCAAGGCUUGGUUUGCAGAGAACCAUUAUGAAUGUGAUAAAUGUGGGGAAGGCUUUCAUCCAAGCUCUAACCUCAGUAUACAUAAUGGUCACUGCUUGGGAGACAGUCCUCAUAAAUGGAAUGAAUGUGGGAAAGCUCAUAACCAGUCCUCUCGUGUUGGUGAUCAUCAGAGAUUUCACGAGGGAAAAAAUGCAUUCAGUACUAAUGAAGCAGGGACCAUGUUUUGUCAGUCAUCAAGCGUAAACAUCAAUGAGAUAAUCCUUUUGGGAAAGGAAACUAACAUUUUAAAGGAAUGUGGUAAAUGCUUUGACUGCCACUCAACACUAUGUCAACAUCAGCGAAUGCAUACUGGAGAAAAAAUACACAUUUGUGAAGAAGGUGGUCCAAGCUUGAAUGACUGUUUAUCAAAAAAUGAACAUUCGCAGAUCUGUUCUGGAGAAAAACCCUACAAAUGUCAAGAAUGUGGCAAGGCUUUUAAGAAUCACUCAGGUCUUAAUAGACAUCACAGAAUUCAUAAUAGCAAGAAACCUUACCAAUGUCAUGAAUGUGGCAAGAGCUUUAACAAGCACCCAGCCCUUAUUCAACAUCACAGAAUUCAUAGUGGGGAUAAACCUUACCAAUGUCAAGAAUGUGGAAAAGCCUUUUGUGACAGGUCAACCCUUACUCAACAUCACAGAAGUCAUACUGGAGAGAAACCUUACCGAUGCCAAGAAUGUGGCAAGGCCUUUGCCUGGAAGUCAAAUCGUUCUCGGCACCACAAAAUUCACAGUGGAGAGAAACCUUACCAAUGUCAAGAAUGUGGCAAGGCCUUUUGUGACAGGUCAGCCCUUACUGGACAUCACAGAACUCAUACUGGAGAAAAACCUUACCGAUGUCAGGAAUGUGGCAAGGCCUUUAUCCACAGCUCAGGCCUGACUAAACAUUACAGAACUCAUAGUGGAAAGAAACCUUACCAAUGUCAAGAAUGUGGCAAGGCCUUUUGUGUCAGGUCAUCCCUUACUCAACAUCACAGAAUUCAUACUGGAGAGAAACCUUACCAAUGUCAAGAAUGUGGCAAGGCCUUUUGUGACAGGUCAUCCCUUACUCAACAUCACAGAAUUCAUACUGGAGAGAAACCUUACCAGUGUCAGGAAUGUGGCAAGGCCUUUAACCACAGCUCACUCUAUGCUAAACAUUACAGAAUUCACACUGGAGAGAAACGUUACCAAUGUCAAGAAUGUGGCAAGGCCUUUAUACACAGCUCAAACCUUACUCGACAUCUCAGAGUUCAUACUGGAAAGAAACUUGACCAACGUCAAGAAUGUUGUUAGGCCUUUACAGGCACUCAGUCCUCACUAAACAUCAUAAUAUUCAUAUGGAAUAGAUGGCUUACCAGUGUACAGGAUGUUUGAAUGGGGCACCUGGGUGGCAAAGGCGGUUUUGUGGCUCAGGUCAUGAUCCCAGGGUCCCAGGAUUGAGCUCUGCACUGAGCUCCCUGCUCAGCAGACAGCCUCCUGCUUCCUCUCCCCCUGCCUUACCCUCCUCUCUACUUGUGCUCUCUCUCCAUCUCUCUGUCAAAUACAUAAAUAAAAUCUUUAAGAAGGAAAGAAAAAAAAGAGUGUGAGAAAAAUUGGUUAAAGAGUGCUCACUGAUUCAUGCCUAUGAGAGAAUUCAUAUUAGACAGUAACCUCACAAAUGCAACCAGUGUGGCAAGGCCUUUGUCCAGCAUGCACGCCUUCUAAACUGAGAAUUCAUACUGGAAAGACAACAGAUGAAAAAUGUGGCCAAACUACUAGCAGGCACACAACCCUUCCUGCACAUCACGGAAUUCAUACUGCAGAGAAAAUUAUGGAUAUAAUGAAUGUGAGAGAGUGCCUAAGGACUGCUUAUUGUCCUUGAAGAAAGAAGAGGGAGUCGUGCAGUGAACUCUGAAUGUAUCUUCGUAAGUGCAAUCAUUAGAGAGUAUGACUUGAUGUGAUUAAAUGAGAAAAUCCUGACAGAUGACUGCAGGAGGGUAGCUAACUCUUCACCCCUACAAUGCCAUACAAUUGAACAUACACAUUUCUGAGCAAUGUACAUCAAUCCUGAAAUUUUCGGAAAUAGGUACUCCCACAUCCUUAUGACAACACUUGAAUGCUUUUGCACAUGUGUGUUCUGUAUUUCAAAUGGAGACACUAGAGUGGAUUUGAUAUGCAUUACUCAGUGUAUGUAUGAUAUUAAUGUAUUUUCAUUAAUAAAACAGUGGUGUUUUUUCUUUAAAA